AUGAGUGAAACCGAGAACGUAAGGGUCGCCGUCCGGGUCCGACCUUUCAAUUCACGUGAAAAACAACGAAACGCUCAGUCGAUUGUGGCGAUGGACGACAACACGACACUCCUGUUUAGUGUCGACACCACCGCCUCCGUCGCCGCCGCUGACGAACCCAAAAGGUUUACAUUUGAUCGGAGCUAUUGGUCGCACAACGGAUUUACUGAAGCCGAUAAUGGCUUAUGUAUUGCCGAUGAUAAUCAUGAAAAUGGACUCAAAUAUGCCGAUCAGGAAACAGUAUAUCGAGACUUAGGACAUACACUAUUGAUGAACGCAUGGGACGGCUAUAAUGCAGCCAUGUUUGCCUACGGACAGACAGGUUCGGGAAAGUCAUACUCUAUUGUAGGGUACGGUCAGAAUAAAGGUAUAGUUCCCAGAUUUUGUGAGGAAAUAUUCCAGACAAUUGAACACCGAUCGGGUGACGGUAUGCAAGUUGAAGUUACGCUGUCGAUGCUAGAGAUAUACAAUGAAGUUGCCAAAGAUUUGCUAAAUGUUCAAAAACUACAACAACAAACUAAUGAUAAUAAUAAUAAUAGUAAUAAUAACAGCAAAAAUCAAAGCAAAUCAAAGAAAAAGGGUCUCAAAGUUAGAGAACAUCCGACUAAAGGAUUUUAUGCUGAAGGUCUGAAAUCAUUUUUGGUAACCAAUUAUAAGGAAAUUGAAGACCAUAUCAAUGAGGGUACGACUAAUAGGAGUAUUGCGGCCACAAAUAUGAAUGAGACGUCGUCGCGGGCGCACACCAUCAUUGUCAUCAAUUUGAUACAAAAGUCUAAUAACACAACUAAACAGUCGUCAAUUAAUUUGGUAGACUUGGCCGGAAGUGAACGUCUAUCUGGUACUCAAGCAACCGGUGACCGACUAAAAGAGGGCGUAUCGAUAAACCAGUCGCUCAGUUGUGUCGGCAAUUGUAUCCAUGCGUUGGCCGAAAAAGCUCAGGGAAAAAAUGUUAAGGUUCCCUAUCGGGACUCUGUCCUAACCCGACUGCUCCAGAAUGCAUUGGGCGGCAAUAGCAAAACGGUAAUGUUGGCCACCAUUAGUCCAGCCGAUAUCAACUACGAUGAAACACUAUCGACACUGAGAUACGCCGACAGAGCCAAACAAAUCAGAAAUCACGCAAAGAUUAAUAAGGAUUCAACUGAUAAAUUGGUUCGCGAGCUGCGCGAAGAAAAUGAAAAACUUAAACGCUUAAUGGAAACGGGAACUACCGGUUCGGGUAUGGCCAAUGGGUCGGCCACUCCUACGCCGAUCAACGGUAUGAUUAUGAUGGGWGCAAUGUCACCGGAUGCGCUCAAUGAGGCCAAACAGAGAUGGGAGGACGAAAUGCGGGCAGCGAUGGAGGAAAACGAGCGACAAAUGGCACAAAUGAAACAGUCGUAUGAGGAACGGCUCAGUAAGGAAGCUGAGGACAGGGCUGCCAGACAUAAGUCAGAUCAGCCGUCCGGUGGUGGUGGUGGUGGUCAGGAUGACCGUCAGCAGCUAGAACUGGACAAACGGGACAAUCCGUAUCUGUCGAAUCUGAAUUUUGAUGAACAACUAUCCGGUAAAAUCUGUUAUAUCAUACGAAAAGGUGUCAACACUAUUGGCAAAUCGGAGGACUGUGCCAUACAAUUGAUGGGUCCAUCAAUUCAGGAACAUCACGCACUGGUACAUCGGCUGGACAGCGGGAAAGUCAUACUCGAGCGGUGUUCCGAUGAUUGUCGGGUUCUGCUGAACGGCGAUGUUGUCAAUACUAAAGUCAAUCUAAGCCAUAACGAUAGGCUACUGUUCGGUACGACCCAGUUGUUUGUCUUCACCCAUUCGGAUCAGACACUCAAGUCUAAGAUGACUUACGCUGACGUAUCGUUUGAGUUGGCACAGGAAGAGAUUGCUACCAAAGCCGGGUUUGCACUGAACAAUGACGACCAAUCCAUGGAACAGGCAUUGUUGAACAAGGAUCUGCUUGAAGUGAUACCUACUGUCGACGAGGCCAAUGCCAUCAGCGAAGAACUGGAAAAGUUUGUCCGUUUCGAGAUAAUGCUGGUAUCGCCGCAAUUCUUGGGCAAACCGGGCGACCGAACCGAAGUAUACGUACGGAUGCGUAACAUUGAAAGCGGUCAGGAGUUUGAAUGGACUAAAGAUGAAUUUCUUAACCGACUUUACGUAAUGAAAGAGAUGUACCAAAACUACGAGUCCGGCGAAGAGGACUGGGAUCUGCCGCCAGAAAGAGAUCCGUUUGUCGAGGAYGCGCACCGGGAGUGUCAUAUCGGUACGGCUCAAGUCUAUCUACAAUCGCUGGCUUUUAUGAUUGAACUCAAAGAACAGUUGUCUAUUAACGACUAUACCGGCAGCGAAGUCGGUAUUGUCAACGUCGAAGUGGUUCCGUGCGAUCAAGUGGGCAACGAAUACGACGAAAGGGACGACGUCUAUGUUGAUAGUCCUCAGGAACUGAUGGGCCGAUCCAUACAUUUUGUUGUCAAAGUUAACGGCUGUCGUGGACUGCCGUCAAGAUUUACUGAUAUUUAUGUCCGAUUUCGGGUAUUUCUCGACGAAGAGGACAUCCGUACGGAUACAAUGUCCGACACAUCGAAUCCGGAUUUUAAUUUCAAAAAAAUCUAUUCAUUCAGUAGAGUUACCCAACAGUUGGUCGACUAUUUGAAGGACGGGUUUAUUAAUUUGCAAAUCUGGGGCAAACAGUCGGUAAAGUUUACAAAUAUUGGUAAACAGUCGACAAUCGGUGGCCGAAAUACGAAACAAUUGUUUCAGGAAGAGCUGGACAAACAGGGAAACGAAUUGAUGACUGGUUUCAAAAUGAAUGGUCGUAUAGUUGAUCCAAACAAACAAAGUAUUAUCGUUGAGCUGUUGCUGAUGAAGAAACAACAGGCCCGACAACAACAGCGUAUUGAAAAUAUCAGACGUUUAGUAGAAAUGGCAGAAAAUUGUAGGAAAAAGAAAAUAUCGGUUCAAUUGGUUAAGGAUUUACUUUUUACGACUACCCCUGAAAUGGCCGAUGCGCUCAUCAAUCAGGUGCCCGAAGGGUUUAAGUUUCUCAACCAGAAACCAUUGAUCAACUUAAAAAAAACAUUGAACGCGAAAAAAGGGCGAUUCCAAUGGAUAUGCUUCAAAGAGUUGCGCUAA